UCUACGAGCAGCACCUGCCCCGCCUGCUGCGGCACCUGCCCCACGCCUGCGCAGGCACAGCUCCUCCUCCGGCAGCUCCAGCCCCCGGCGCCGCCUGAGUAGGAAAGCGGCCUCGUCCGCCAACCUCUUGCUGCCCGUGGGGAGCCCCGAGAGCCGCCCGAAGGAGCCCGUCAUGAGCCCAGGGUCACGCCGUGCGAACUACAACCUGGAGGGGGUGUCGGUGAAGAUGUUCCUGCGGGGCCGCCCCAUCACCAUGUACGUGCCCUCGGGGCUGGGCCCCUAUGUGGGGCUGCGCGCCGAGCUGCCCCCCGAGCGCCUGCAGCUCGACUGGGUCUACGGGUACCGGGGCCGGGACAGCCGCUCCAACCUCCACGUGCUGGCGUCGGGCGAGCUGGUUUACUUCAUCGCCUGCGUCGUCGUCCUGCUGCACGUCCCCCACCGCCGCCAGCGCCACUACCUGCGCCACAGCGACUGCGUGCGCUGCCUGGCCGUGCACCCCGACCGCCUCCGCGUCGCCACGGGGCAGGCGGCCGGCGUCGACAAGGACGGCAAGCCGCUGCAGCCCGUGGUGCACAUCUGGGACUCGGCCACGCUGCUGACGCUGCAGCAGAUCGGCCUCGGCAGCUUCGAGCGCGGCGUGGGCUCCCUCGCCUUCUCCACGGCCGACCAGGGCGCCCACCUGUGCGUGGUGGACGACUCCAACGAGCACAUGAUGUCGGUGUGGGACUGCGCCCGCGGCACCAAGCUGGCAGAAGUGAAGAGCACCGAGUCGGUGCUGUCGGUGGAGUUCAACCCGCAGGACAGCGGCAGCAUCAUCACCAGCGGCAAGUCCCACGUCUACUUUUGGACCUGGAGCGGGGCCGCGCUCACCAAGAAGCAGGGCAUUUUUGGGAAAUACAAGAAGCCCAAAUUCAUCCAGUGCUUCGUCUUUGACGCCGCCGGGGACGUGCUGACCGGCGACUCCGAGGGCAACAUCCUGACCUGGACCCGCGCCGCCGGGCCGGCGGGGAAAGGAGGCAAAGAGACGUACCAGAUCGGGCAGCAGACGCGGGCGCACGAGGGCAGCAUCUUCGCACUGUGCCGCCGGCGGGACGGGACGGUGCUGAGCGGCGGCGGCAAGGACCGGCGGGUGCUGAGCUGGAGCCCCGCGCUCGCCCUGCUGCAGGAGGCCGAGCUCCCCGAGCGGUUCGGCGCCGUGCGCACCAUCGCGGAGGGGCCGGGCGAGGAGCUGCUGGUGGGGACCACGCGCAACGCGCUGCUGCGGGGCACGCUGGCUGACGGCUUCACCCCCAUCGUGCAGGGGCACACGGAUGAGGUGUGGGGCCUCGCCACCCACCCCUCGCGCUGCCUCUUCCUCACCUGCGGCCACGACCGGCAGCUCUGCCUGUGGGACGGGCAGGAGCACGCCCUGGCCUGGAGCCUGGCCUUGGAGGACACGGGGCUCUGCGCCGACUUCCACCCCGGGGGCCAGGUGGUGGCUGUGGGGCUGCUGACAGGGCGGUGGCUGGUGCUGGACACGGAGACGCAGCAGCCGCUGGCCGGGGGCUCAGACGGCAACGAGCAGCUCUCGGUGGUGCGCUUCUCCCCCGAUGGCUCCUUCCUGGCCAUCGGCUCCCACGACAACGUCAUCUACAUCUACAGCGUCGCCGAGGGUGGCCGCAAGUACACCCGCUUCGGGCGCUGCACGGGGCACUCCAGCUUCAUCACCCACCUGGACUGGUCCAAGGACGGCCACUUCGUCAUGUCCAACUCGGGGGACUACGAGAUCCUCUACUGGGACGUCGCCGGGGGCUGCAAACUCCUCCGGAACCGCUUCGAGAGCCGGGACCGCGAGUGGGCGUCCUACACCUGCGUCCUGGGCUUCCACGUCUUCGGUGUCUGGCCCGACGGCUCGGACGGCACCGACAUCAACUCCCUGUGCCGCUCGCACCACGAGCGCGUGGUGGCCGUGGCCGACGACUUCUGCAAGGUGCACCUCUUCCAGUACCCCUGCGCCCGGCCCAAGGCACCGAGCCACGUCUACGGGGGCCACGGCAGCCACGUCACCAACGUGCGCUUCACCCACGACGACGGGCACCUGGUGUCGCUGGGGGGCAAGGACACCAGCGUCUUCCAGUGGCGGGUGCUGGGGGGGCCCCCGGUGCCCGCCCGCUGCCCCGAGCCCCCCGGGGGGGCCGCGGAGCCCCGCUGAGCCGGGCCCGGGGCCGCCCCCGUUACCCCCGACGCGGGACCAGGGGGGCCCCGCCCCCCCCUCAAAUAAAGCCU